AUGCCCAAGAAGCAUGCGCCGGCCUACACGCAAGCCAGGCCAUCCUAUGUCCAUCCGUCGCUCCAAAGCUCACGAGCUUCUUCAUCCUCGACACCAUCAGAACCGCAGACUGUCAACCAACGCAUACAACAUCUUCGGCGCGAGCAGACGCCACGAGCAACACCAGAACAAAGAGAUGAGCUCACUUCGGUAGUAAGCAGCCGCACCGUCCCGCCAGACCUGCGGCGCAUCUUGCAUAUACCCGAGGUUAACGCUCCUAAACCAAAGCCAGGCCUGCGCCCGCGGCGAGCAGUUGGCGGCGCAAGGCCACCACCUGGUCCAGCAGCGCCCACUAGUUGGCUUCUGUCGAGUCGGCAUGCCCCAGAUUAUGCGAGGAAGAUGAGGGGUCAACAAUCUAGCAGUGAGCGAAGUGCACCAAGGUUCUGCAUGCUCGCCAGCGUGACAAACGACAAGUACAAGCGUCUACCGCCAAACCGAAGUCUUGCACAUCACUGCCUACGAAAAUUCGCGUUGCAUUGGGAAGAACUCUCCGAGUUUGAACAACACUAUAUUCCUACAAUACCAAUGGCCUUGAGAGAAGCUCUACUGAGCUACAUGGGUGCUUACGGGCCGAAAGCAUGCUUAGACUUCAAGUCAUUCAGGAUUCUAUUUCAGAAUGAAGAAGGCACUGGCACAUCAGGCUGGGACGAGAUCUGUUUCAUGGAUCUCACUGGACUUUUGAACGAGGCUUUCACAAUUGGCGACGUGGGGAAAUGUCUCAAACGACAGACCAUGCAACUUCCGGCCUUUGAAGAUUUGCAAAUCGAGGAAGCAACUGCGGUCAAAGGGAAGGGAAAAGCAGUCGAGGUUGCUGAAUCUUGGGAGGAAGAAGAUGAAGCAGAAGGCCCAGCCACCGCUCAGCCUGUCCCGACAGCGGCACUCAUGACCCCGUUUUUCACUAAUCUCAGCAGAUUGUCGCUUGCGCAUCCUGGCGCUUGGGCGUCUUGGCCCGAGCUACUCAAGCUUUCGCCAUAUCUGAACAAGAUCACGCACCUCUCCCUCGCACACUGGCCCCGGCCAUCUACGACUCCCAAUGCUGCGACAACCUCCAUGGUUUCGAACAUCACCACGGUGUCUCUUGGCGGAUCGCACUUUUACUCUGAUCUCGAUGAUGACUGGCAUGAAGCUACAAACAUCCUGCGCCGACUCUCCGUCAAUACAUACUCCUUGCAAUGGCUCGACUUGGAAGGCUGCAACUGGCUGAAGGCGUUGACUUGGCGUUCAGACUCUCUUUAUUCUGUCUCCAGAUCUGCUCAUGAUCCAGAAGAAUGGCAGUAUCAUGAAGUGUCCCCCGGUCCAGAUUGGAAUGGCGCAUGGCGGCGCAUUACAUACCUGAACUUCUUCCAGGGUUGGAUUCCUGCGGACAAUCAGUCCCUGCAGAACAUGCCCGCAGGCAUAGUGCCGGUGCAAUUGAUGCGUUGGUUGAGAGAGAAUAAGCACAGGGAUGACACGAGCUGGAAGCUGAACGCGCAUGAGACUGGGCAAGCCGUCACGGAAUGGGUAAGUCGAGAAAAAAUGGCAAGAAGCGUGAAGACAGAAAUACUUGCUUCCAGAAGGACUGCGGAGGGGGCAUGGUGUCGCAUCGACCAUGGAUGGGGUAGUCCAGCUGAAACCAAAGCAUCAUAA